CGUCGACCAGCGAACCCCACGCUUCCCCAUCAACCAUCACUGAUGACAAGUCGAUCGAUGAUUGCCGCUCCCACAGCACACGCGGAGGAUCGGCUUGCAACGAAACAUCAAAAAAGGGCAGUCAUAAGUCACCUAAGUCACCUCAAAAACGAUUUUGAGAGAAAUUGUUUAGACGUAUCACCAGAAUUAGAGUUUAUGCCACGACAUUUAUUCAAUUAGAAUUAGUUAAAAAUUGAACCUUCAUUUAAUACGAUUUCUAAGAAGAGCGUAAAAAUCAUUGCACUAUAAAUUUGGGAAACUAUGUGGUUAGGUUCUUUAACUGAAUAGCCCAUCCCUACCCAUUAUAAGUUGUGAUCGACUUGAGUUUGCUCGUGAUUACUAAAGUAUUUUAUAAUUUACAUCAAUACGAACCGAAUAAAUUCAUGAAAUCAUCAAUUACGAGCAUUGUCGGCCAACAUUUAUAAAAUACUUUAUCAAAGAUGCCGCUAACAAGGAAUGCACGUAACAAACCAGCUGCCGGUAGCGCUGGUGUAGCCGCCAAUCUGAAUGCUUCCUGUGAUGCUUCCGCUGGUAUUGAAGAGGACAAUAUUCGUACAGAAGAUGCAAUCUCCAUGCCCUCUGGUACAACGGAACAGGACGGCGAGACACCCAGCCGUAAAACCGCUGUUGGAGAGAUUAACGCCCCCCAGUUGAGUGGAACAAUUCCGAAACCACCUAGAAAGUCCCCAAGUCCAGGUGUCUCAGAAAUGAUAAACAAAUUAAACACUGCGAAUCUGAACGUCGACCACAUUCAGCUACGUCGGUCAAAACGGCAUUAUCACUGUUCGCUUUGUGACGAACGGGACAACAGUAGAAUGGUCCAGUGUGAUUCAUGCGAUAGCUGGUACCAUUUCACAUGCGCAAAGGUGACUGAAACGGUAGCGGAAGUGGAUUGGAGUUGUCCGUUUUGUGGAGUUAGUAACCGCACCAACACUCUUCAUCUAGGAGUCGUUCCGUCCUCGAAUCAAGGAAACGAUAAUCGGCAUCCAAUGGUUCAGCAGCAGCAACAAGAUUCAAAAGGUCAAGCACAGCCUGGUCCUGUCGAUGACAUUGCAUCAGUGAGAUCAGUAAGCACUCGUUCCAAAGCAUCGUCCAACAGAAGCCGGACGAGAAGAGCGAUGGAGCUGCAGCUACUCAAGCUAGAAGAAGACAGGGCUUUGCAGCAACGAUAUUUAGAUCGUAAAUUUGCCAUAUUACAAGCGUAUGACAGUGACGGAGAGGAAGAUGAGGUUGGAUCAAUCGUCGACAAAGUUUCACAAGUGGAGGACUGGAUUCAGCGCACCGAUAACAUUGGUAAAACCGUGCCUGGUUUAACAUUCAGAGAGACCACUGGACAGCCGCCGAACAAAGACAUAUCCAGCUCCAAAUAA